UUGUCCCGCUGCGCGCCCCCUGGAGCGCGGCGCACCCCUGGGACCCCGUGCGCCCGGGGUCCCCACCAUAAUCCUGGGACCCCGCGCGCUGCGGGAUCCCAGUGCUGCCCCGGGAGCCCCGCGCGCCCUUGGACCGGGACGGAGCUCCAGGACCUCCGCGUUCCCCGGAUCCCCCCUUGCGCUCUCAGAACCCCGGGGCUCCACCGACGGGACUGUGCGCCCUGGUGAGGGGCCCCGCCCCAGAGGGUUCCCCUCUUCCAACAGACGGAGCCCCACCCAGAAGGGACCCCCAGGUUCUGCAGGGACAUCCAGCCACGCCCCAGAGGGCUCCCAGCAUCCCGCGGCUGGAGCCCCGCGCUCCAGAGGAACCUCCGUGCCCAGCUGGGGGCUCCCCGCCCCGCUAAGGCGGCGCCGCCCAGGAGGGUCCCCCGCGCCCCGCGCCCCGCGCCCCGCGGGCCCCAGCAGGAUGCACGCCGCCCUGGCGGGGCCGCUGCUCGCCGCCCUCCUCGCCACCGCCCGCGCCCGCCCGCAGCCCCCAGACGGAGGACAGUGCCGGCCGCCCGGAUCGCAAAGGGACCUCAACUCCUUCCUGUGGACUAUUCGGCGUGACCCCCCGGCCUACCUGUUUGGCACCAUCCAUGUCCCCUACACCCGCGUCUGGGACUUCAUCCCAAACAACUCCAAGGCGGCCUUCCAGGCAAGCGCCCGUGUGUAUUUUGAGCUGGACCUGACCGACCCCUACACCAUCUCAGCGCUGGCCAGCUGCCAGCUGCUGCCGCAUGGGGAGAACCUGCAGGACGUACUGCCCCACGAGCUCUACUGGCGCCUAAAGCGUCACCUGGACUACGUGAAGCUGAUGAUGCCCUCCUGGAUGACCCCUGCACAGCGGGGCAAGGGACUCUACGCUGACUACCUGUUCAAUGCCAUCGCGGGCAACUGGGAGCGCAAGAGGCCCGUGUGGGUGAUGCUGAUGGUGAACUCACUCACGGAGACUGACGUGCGCUCCCGGGGUGUGCCAGUGCUUGACCUCUACCUCGCCCAGCAGGCCGAGAAGAUGAAGAAGAGCACCGGGGCUGUGGAGCGGGUAGAGGAGCAGUGCCAUCCGCUCAAUGGGCUCAACUUCUCCCAGGUGUUGUUCGCCCUGAACCAGACGCUGCUGCAGCACGAGAGUGUGCGGGCUGGGAGCCUGCAGGCGCCCUACACCACAGAGGACCUCAUCAAGCACUACAACUGCGGGGAUCUCAAUGCUGUCAUCUUCAACCAUGACACGUCCCAGCUGCCCAACUUCAUCAACACCACCCUCCCACCGCACGAGCAGGUGACCGCCCAGGAGAUUGACAGCUACUUCCGCCAGGAGCUGAUCUACAAGCGGAACGAGCGGAUGGGGAAGAGGGUCAUGGCACUUCUGCAGGAGAACGAGGACAAGAUCUGCUUCUUUGCCUUCGGAGCAGGUCACUUUCUGGGGAACAAUACAGUCAUUGACGUCCUUCGGCAGGCAGGGCUGGAGGUGGAACACACGCCUGCAGGGCAGACCAUCCACAGCCCUGCCGCACGGAGCCCCGCGCCCCCACCCGAGAGGACCUCAGCGAGCCCAGCCCCAGUGACCCCAGCUGCUGCCGUCCCCGCACUGCCCUCGGGGACCCCCACCACCCCGCCCGAGGAAGAAGACCCAGCCCUGUCCCCACACCUCCUGCUCCCUGACAGCCUCAGCCAGCUGGAGGAGUUCGGGCGGCAGAAAAAGUGGCACAAGAGGCAGAGCAAACACCAGCGACCACGACAGUUCAGCGACCUCUGGGUCCGCAUCGAGGACAGGUUGUCAGGACAUCUGCGACCUCAUGCGAACCGUGGCUUUGAACUGGCUUGCUCCUGGAUCAACGGAAGCCUCCAGUGUCUGGGUUUGGCUUCUCCCACUGUGGGGACCUCAGAGGGAGGGGCAGGAAGACAGACUUUCGUGAAGCUGGAUUUGGGAGCCAGAGAUGUGAAUGCUGACGGUCCUUCCCUCCCCUGGAUGCAUACUAGGGUGGGGAAGAUACUUUAGGAAAGAAUGCUGCUAUUUUGAAAACCCUGGGUGUCUGUGAAUGGACCUCCAGAGCUCUUGGUAAGUGUUUCAACCAAAGCACUGGGGUGGGACGCUGGUGCUGAGGGAGGUGGUCCCCCAGCCCCAUGUGACUGAAGGUGAAACUCAGAUCCAAAGAGAGGAAGGUGGUUGCCCAAGAUCACAAAGCACGUGGGAGAUCCAGGAUGUGAAUCCAGACCUCUCUGUUCCGAUGGCAUUAACCCAGCUUUAGUUACAGGAGAGGCUACUGAAAUCAACGCCAAAUGGAGGGAGCUGGGCCGAAAGACAGGAGUGGGUACAGAAGGUCAAUUUUAGGGAUACGGGCUCUAGCAGUCACGUGUUAAUCAUAAUCAUAAUGAGAGCCACCGUCUGUCCUCAGCUUGCAGUGUGGCAGGCACUUUGCACACUCACUUUAUCACUGAUCCUCACGCCAGUUCUGUGAGAUGCAAUUAUCCCCAUUUCACGUAUGAGGAAACUGAGACUCCUAAAGAGGUAAAGGGACUUGUUCAAGGUCACCCAGCCAGGACAUGGCUCCAGAUCGAUGUGAUUCAAAAUCAGCGCUUGUCCCCUGGACCAUAUUCUGCCACGUUCUUUCUGCACAGGGGAGCUCCGUGGGAGGCGGGCCUCACCUAACGGGCUAGCACACGCUUCGCACUACAGCCAAAGAGACUGUUCGGCCACAGUUACUUAUGUUGGUCACUCUGGACAAAGAGCUCUUUGUGAGUGCCAUGUGUCCCAUGCCCCACCUUACCUUAUCCUGGAGCCAAUAAGAAGCUUUCCUGCCAAAUCAGAGGCUAAGGAGUAGGGGACACCUGUGGGGGACCUGGGGAGUCAGACAGCCAAAUGGGGGCAGGUAGGCCACUGAGACUCAGAGAGACUGACUUAGUUUCUCUGCCUCCAAGGUGGUGGCUGAGAAGGCAGAGAGCCCAAUUUAGCUGCCUUUCAGCCCUGAACCCUCACUGGGCUGGUGGCUCAUCUACUACAAGGUCCUGGAACCUGAGAGCAGAAAGAACCCCUCAUUUGACAGAUAAUAGUAACCAUAAGCGUUAUUAGGCCCAUAAGGCCCAGAGAGGGGAGGCAUUUCCCCAAGGCUGCACAGCUGGGUGUCUGCUGACUCCCAGACCAGUUCUCUCCAGCAUCACUGCACCAUGGGUUUCCCUGGCAGGCCUGGUAGUGGCUGAUUAACUCUAGUGUCAUCAUGCCUAGCUAGGCAGCGAUCUCUCUUCUGCAAUGGUAGAAUUCAGGACAGCUCGUUGGAUGGCCAGGGGUCCCACUGGCAUCUUGGCAGGCAGCUGAAUUCUUUUCAACUUAGCCCCAGAUGGAUGUGUUUGAGCUUGAGAACCAGCAGGAGGCCUGAGGGUCCAGCCAGCCCCGUGGGUACCAUGCUGCAAACUGAACUUGACCCCAGCCAGGGCUGGAGUCAUUUUAUCCUUGGCAGAAAUGUGACUUCCUAUUUCUGAGCGGGAAGGGGCUUAGCUGACUUAUAAAGCAGGCUCGGAAGGCCUGGGGGACAUCAAACACAUCUUGCAGAGCACUAUUUGGAUGAGAUAAGUGUAAAGGAAUUAGAAACACACAGACCAGAUUUCCCUCUGUUCGGGGCAGAGUGUGGCAUGCGAUGUAUUGAGAUGGAACUUGAGGUUAAUUAAAGAUGAAGCAUUUGGGUAAACAGCCCAGGCACCUGACUGCGUGCCCAGAUCUGUGCCAGGCACAGGGCCAAAGAGGUAAAUUAACGCUGUGUGUGAUUAUCGAGCACGUGCAGUGCCAGGCUCCGUGUUGGGCCCACAUCGAGCCACCUUUCCUAACCUAGAGGAACUCAUCAUUGAGAUGUGCAAACAGUGAAGCCCUAGGUUCCUAGAAGGAACUCGGAGGUUAUCCUGUCCAGGCCCCAAGCAGGCAGAUUCAGCCCUGUUCUUACCCACUUCCCUCCUCUGGGCAUCUUGGAGGAUUGCAAACUCUCUCUCACUGAGCACUCAAACUUUUCAAGAACAAUGGAUAGGCUAACUGAUUAGGUAGACAUGUGCUGAUGGGACAGCCAGAGCCAACGUGGGCCAGACAUCUGCAGCCUAACUGUGCUGAUCCCUGAGGACCACCCACUGGCCAGGGUUUGAAAUGAACUGAACUUGCUGACUUAUGUCCCAGAAGACCCGAGGCACAUCGACAGAAUUCUGCGUGGCUGGGGCAUGUGAAUUCUCUCAUCCUAGGCUGGAGAGCAGCCACUCACACACUUGGAAAUGAUCUAGCCACCACCGCUGACAUUUUGUCUAGCACAUUCUGUGUGCCCAGACUCAUAAAAUGCCCCUGUUGUUUUGAGAGUAUCACGUACAUUUCUUAGGUCAUUCACAUUUGACCUUGAGGCAGGCAGAGAAGAUGGAUGGACUAAGACCCAGCAGGUUAAGUGACCCGAAUGAGGUUAGGCAGCAUGUUAGUGGUGGCCCCAGGUCCCGUCUCUCAGGAAACCUGGCUGAAUGACCAAGGAGCUUUCUGCGGCCGGUCAGCAUAGCCACGUCUUUUAGUCUUCCUCCAGGCUGCUCUGACACACCAGCAGCCAGUUGAAGGCAGGGACAGUGGAGAUGUAUGAGUCAGGCUGCGAGACGCUGCAGAGGGCCACUGAGGUCCCCUCCAGCUCUGAGAUUCAAAAAAUCUGGAAUCUAGGAAGCGUGGUUGUGCUGACUGUCAAGUUUGCCUGUGCAUUUGAAAGGCUAUUAGCAAAUUUUCCUCACACUGAGUGCUCUAUCAUCUACUUCCUGGCCUCAGCCAGACGUGGGCAAACCUGCAGGCUGAAGACCCUGGUCCCACCUGCCCAGCCUCCAGCCUGGUACCAUUGUCACAACAGAUCCCAAGGAAAGGUCCUCCACCAAAAGGAAAGCUUAUGAAAAACACCAUGAAGGACAAGAGGAGUUCUACCUGGGAAUUGCAGCUUUGAUGGCAUCCCGUGUGGCAGAGAACAGAAUUAGAGCUGGCGAUAGUGUUUCGAUGGCCAUGGGAUAAGAUCCAAAGUCUUCAGCCUGGCACUCUAGACUCUCCAUGAUCUGGCCCUGCUGACCUUGCCAGCCACAUCUCUCAUCUCUCCCACUCUGUGCCUGGCCAGACAGAAUCGUAUUUGUCAUUUCUAUAAUAGACAGGAUGUUUCACACAUGCCGUUUCCUAGGCCUGGAAACUCCCUUCUUUUAUCCUUAGCUGUUCAUCCUUUGAGGAUCAACUCAGAGGGUACCUCCUCCAAGAAGCCCUCUAAGAUUACUUUGUGCUUUCUUAAUGCCCACUGAUCAGGGCUGAGACUGCUCGCCUAUUGAACUGUGAACUCCUCUAUGGCAAGGGUCAUGUGAAUUCAUCUUUGCAUCCUCAUCUGACACAAAGAUGGCAUCCAGUAGAUGUGUAGCGAAGGAAGGAGAAAGAAAGGGAUGAAGGAAGGAAAGGAAAGAGGCAGGCAUUCGUGCUGCUAGUGGCAUAGUCUCUACAAAGCCAAAGUUGUCUGAGGAUGGACAGGUGCCCCUUCAGGUGUUGAGUUUCCUGUCAGGAGAAGUGUGUGAGUAGGGGCAGUAGGCCCACUGGCUGGAGCUAUGGUAGAGAGUUGAAGUCUUGGCAAGGGACUGGGGUAGAUGACACCGAGGGUCCCUCUUGGCUCUGUAAUGCUCAGGUUCUUUGAACAUUGUUAUUUUUUGAAAAAUUCAUCGAAACAGCCAAAAAUAUCACCCAGGCUGGCUGUCUAAACCAAUAAGGUUCAGGAAUCAGUCCAACCCCACACCCCCGUUCUUCAACAGCCCAGCUGGGCCUGACAUGAAUUGGCAGUCUUGCCAGCUGCCCUGGGCAGGGAGACUUCUGGGCCUUGGGGGAGGACUGGACUGGAACCCAGGCCCCUGGUCCCAGCCCGAAGCUCCUUGCCUCCCUGCCUCCCGACCCCGCGGGAAGGAAGUGAGGAGUCAUGAGAAUGGAUUGAGCCGCAUCUGGCCCUUUCUGGGGAGCAUCAGCAUACCCUCACCGCCACCCACUUCCCCCCUCUCUCUAACUGUGGCUCUUCCUUUCCAGAAAUACUUGGGUGAUUCCUUCACUUUGCUAGGUGACCUUGGGCAAGUCCCUGCCCCUAUCUGAGCCUCCAUUUCCUCAUCUGUCAAAUGGAGACCUUGUUUCCUGCCUGGACUGUUCUGGGCCGAUGGGCAAAUGCCAUGUACAGUCUUGGGGAUUUAUGAAGAUGCGAUGCCGCCCCUCCCCAGGCUGUGUCCAGCUUUCCUCCCAGGACCCACAGGCAGGCAGGAAAAGUGACAGAGUAGGGGCACAGUACCUUGAAGUGCCCCUCCAUCCCAAGUCCCAUUAGGGGGAAAGUGGCCUUUGAAUGGGACCCGAGACUAAAAAGUUUCCAGUGAGGCUCUCAGACAUCUUGGUCCCACAGUGGCUGAAGCAGCAGGGGCUGACUCUUGGCAAAGGGAGGUUCUAACCCAGAACAGGGAAAGCCAGGGCCCCUGCCCCAUCCUGGGCCUCAAAGAGAUUGCAGAAGGUCCUGACCUGACCUCACUGUGGGACACAAAUGUCAGAUCAUAAUGUAUUUGAAAGGUAUUCGUAAUGCUGUUCUUUCAAUCACCUCUUCCCUCACCUCUGUGAAUUAUCAUGAAGAGUUCUUUAAGAAUAUAAUAGAAGACAAAGAAAGAUGCUAUUAA